AGAUGUCCCCGCCCCCUGAACUAAGGAAGUGCACAGUAGCUUUUAUUUUUCAGGCUGUGGCUCACUUACAGCAGCAGGAAGGGACUGAGGCUGUUGUUACCUAUGGCUGAAGACAGAUACGACAAAAACGCACUUAAGUCUUUGGAAUUUGUUGGUAAAGAAAUCUUAACUGGGUUAUUGGAUGGCUUGGUGAAAACAAAUGUUCUUGAAUUGGAGGAAACUGAAAAGAAAAAAUUUUAUGAUGCCAAACCUAGAGAAAAGGCUUCGGUCCUAGUGGACGUUUUUCGACAAAAACGCGAUGAAGCAGGUCAAAUCCUUCUCCGAACCUUCCUUAAACCAGAAAAUCUCUCCAUUGGCAAAAAAGUUCCUACAGACAUGGUUGGACCAGCUGAGCCAGCAGAAGAAUCUAGAGAUGCUCUGAAGCUUUGUCCUCGUGAAGAAUUCCUGAAAGUGUGUAAAGAAAGGGCUGACGAGAUCUAUUCAAUAAAGGAUGGAAAGGACCGUACUCGUCUGGCUCUCAUUAUAUGCAACAGAGAGUUUGAUCAUCUUCCUCCGAGGGGAGGGGCUGAGCUUGACAUCACAGGGAUGAAGGAACUGCUCAAGGGCCUUGGCUAUAGUGUGGAAGUGGAAGAGAAUCUCACAGCCAAGGAGAUGGAGUCAGUGCUGGAGGCAUUUGCUGCCCGCCCAGAGCACAAGUCUUCAGACAGCACAUUCUUGGUGUUCAUGUCUCAUGGCAUCCUGACAGGAAUUUGUGGGACUCUGCACAGAGAUGAAAACCCAGAUGUGCUGCUUUAUGACACCAUCUUUCGGAUGUUCAACAACUGCCACUGCCUCAGUCUAAAGGACAAACCGAAGGUCAUCAUUGUCCAGGCCUGCAGAGGUGCAAACCGAGGGGUACUGUGGGUCAGUGACUCUCCAGAAGCCUUGGCGGACAGCUCUUCACAGCCACGUGGGGACCUGGAGGAGGAUGCUGUUCAAAGAGCACACGUGGAGAAGGACUUCAUUGCUUUCUGCUCCUCAACCCCACAUAACAUAUCCUGGAGAGACAUCAAAAAGGGUUCAUUCUUCAUUUCACAACUGAUCACAUGCUUUCAGAAAUAUUCUUGGUGCUGUCACCUUGAGGAAGUAUUUCGGAAGGUACAACGGUCAUUUGAAAAGCCAGAUGUUAAAGCCCAGAUGCCCACCAUUGAACGAUUAUCCAUGACAAGAUAUUUCUACCUCUUUCCUGGCAACUGAAAACAGAAAUUACAGGAAGUCCAGCCCUAUUACCAGCUUCCAGAAGCACCUUUUCCAGAAUGGCACAAAUAUUUAAUCUUUUGUAUUUAAAUAAAAAUGAAACAAAUAAA